GCCCUGAGCUCCCUGUUGAGCAAUGAGGCCAAAUAGAAGAGGCAGCUGAAAGACGGAUGGUAGAAAGGGAGGGUUCUGAGAUGUCAUGUGUAGAGAAGCAGAUUCUCAUUGGAGGCAGAGAGAGAAAGAAAGGCUGCUAUACAUGUUGAGAGAACGAGAAGAAAAAGCCUCCCACAUCUUGAAACCAUCUAGCCUGUCCUGAUAAGCUGUGGACUGCAAGAUCUGGUUAUUAUUAAGUGGCUUUGAGGAUCACAUCAAUGAGGAGUAUGAGGAUGUUCUCCAAGCAGAAGUGGCUGAUUUUGAUCCAGCUCAUGCUGACAGAACAAGCCCUGUGCAGAGUCACACCUCCUCCGCCCAAAAUGGUCAAUCUGCUUCAAGAAACUCCCAUCGACACCGAAGAUGCUGAGGAGAAGCAGGACAAUCAUGCUCUCCUGGCUUCCAGUCCCAAGCCAGCUCUCUCUUCCACAGACAAAUCUGAACCUAAGUCACCGUCUUCACAAAAUGUGGAGAUGGUUCGAUCUGCUCAGCUCAUGACAUUGGCUCUUUCAGUCAAACUUCAGGGUCAGAUUCGAGAUCACUUCAACAUUAAUGGAAACGUCAGCUGUAAAGAGCUGCUGUCUGCCAGCGCUGUGGAUGAUCAGUUAUCUUCUGUGUUCCCUCAGGAAGUACUGGGACUCUCCUUAAUCCCUGUCCUGGUGGUCUCAGGCUGCCCACAGGAGGCUCAGACCCUUGUUCUAAAGCUGUACGACCUGCUGGGAAAGGCUGAUACUGAGGAGCUCCUGAUGGAGUUGGUGGCUCUUAUAGAGAGGAAGAUGAGCAGGUCUACAUCUACACCAGCACCAACAUCAGCAGCACUGCCUUUGGGGAGAGAAGAAGCAAGUCAGCAUAUAGAUGGCGUGAUGUUUAACAUUCAGCAGCUGGCUGUGAUAGGAGAUAGCACCCAAACAUUACAGGAGGGUCAUUGUGAGGGUUGGAGCAGGGUGAAUGGGACCAUGCUACUGGGAACAGCUGUGAGAGGAGCUGCAGGUCGACUGGAGGACAGCAUCAGAAGCUGUGAAAGAUUCAGGGCCUUGUGUGCUGGUGUGACCAGCGGUGGGCCUCUCAUGCCUGGAAUAUACCAAGCAGUGUUGAAGAAAGGUAGCCGCAUCUUUCCAUCCAGAUUCCUGGAGUCUGAGUGCUGGGUCCGUCAGUGCAGCUCCUCAGGUCAGCGGCUAAAGCGCAGCCCCCAGAGGAGCUGCAUCAACAAGGAUGAGGAGCGUGUGUACAACGUAGUGGAGUGGAUACCUGUGGUCAGCACCCUCUACAACCUCGGCACAGCUGUGUACUACGCUUCAGUCAACUGCUCAGCAACAGCUAAGGAGAGAGCCCUCCUCAGCGCUGUGGACCUUGGAACAGAUGCCCUGAUGGUGGCCACAGGUGGGACUGUUGGGGUGGCAGGCUACGCUCUUGGAGCAGGGGUGAAGACCGGUGUGAAAGCUGGAGUCAGGUACCUUUUCAACUCCAUGAAGGCAGAGGACGAUGUGGUGGUGAACCAGUCCAGCAGGGAGAGGGGAACUUUUACUAUCGAGUAGACUGAAGGAGGAAUAAUUAUACUUCAGAUGCAGACAAUAUGUAAAAAUCUGAAAAAUACUGACUUUAUUCAGAGGUAAAACAAAACCCAUCUAAAUAAAUUAUAUUUUUUAACAAAAUCAUAGAUGGAAAUAUUGUUGGUGGUCAAACUGCCAAUCUUCUUUACAAUAUUACUUGACUAAUGGGGCAGUAUUUAAUUUUCUGCUGUAAGAUUUCAUCAUCUCUUAUCAUGAAAUCACCCCACAGGUUUUCUGUAGGAUUUAGGUCUGAAGGACUGUGACGUCUACAGGAGAAACCUGACGUCCACAGGAGAAACCUAACUUUAGGUCUGGUGAAUCAUUUCUGUAUUGAUUAAAUCCCUAAUGACGACUCCUUUUCAGUUUAUUGGUAGAGGCAACCAGAAUUUUUAUUAAAAUAUCCUGGUUUUUCCAAGACCUCAUGAUGUAAUGCCCUCUUAAACAGGCUCCCAGGGCCUUAGGAAGAGAAACAGGCCCACAGCAUUACAGAUCCUCUGCUGUACUUUACAGUAGGAGUGAGGUUCUUUUCGGCAUACUUAUCCUUUAUUUUAUGGCAAAACCACCUGGAGUGUAAAACGUUAUAUCUUGGUCUCACCAAAACAAACAGUUCCAGUUAAAGUUCCAGAAGAGUUGACCAAAGUCCACAUGUUUACGUUUAACAGUUACGUAAAGGGCUUUUCAUGCCAUCACUCCUUAACAACCAGUUGGAAUGUAGAUUGUGUCUAAUGGUUGUCAUGGAGACUCAGUGACCAUAGUCAUAGCUUACUGAUUAGAAGUUUCUGGAAACUUUGAUCAACUUUUAAAAAGAAAGUGAAAAUACGAAAAUGCUUUAUUUACAUUUAUUUUAAAAGAAUUAUUACUAAUACCAAUAACUGGUCCACCUAUGAUUUUGUUGAAACCAGUCAUUUCCUACAACGGGAUUUUUUCCCCCUUCUGAAUAAAUGUACCAAAAUUAAAGUAUUAGUAAAAAAUAAAAAAUAUUGUACUAAUAUAAGAAAGAUCUGUGUCAGGGGUGCAAACAAAUUUGCACACAUCUGUAAAUAUUUGGCAACACAUAAUGGCACACUUGGAUACAUUUUUACACAGAAAGGAUCUGUAUAUUCUAACAAGCAUGCUUGCUGAGUCAUAAACUAGAUUGCUCCAUAUUCAGAAAUAAACAUUAUUUUUUUAUUAAUAAUUGACUUUGUUUUAGUAGACUGCAUGUAGUCCUAACCAACAUUAUAAUAAAAUUUACUCUUUUAGAACUAGUACCAUUGUUUAUGUCUGUAUGAAGUAUCUGUACAACAUUUUGAGGCAGCAAUGAAAGACUGAUCUCAGGAUAUUAAACCUGCAACUCCUCAAA